UUUUGGAGUGCCCACAACCAUUGUGCGGGAGUGGCGUUAGAGGAAUAACUAGGAUCCGCCCUGCUUAUCAAUAUUUGUUGGAUAAUAUCCUAUAUUUUUUUCAUAAUGGGAUGGUGACAAAGGAUAUUAUUGUGGAAUAUAUGUUUUAGAUUGACGUUGUUGUCUACAUUUGUCUCGCAAUGGAACAAAGAGGACGUCAGACGUGGAGGAGGCGAUGGCUGUGGCUUUCCUGUUUUUUCGCUAUGGUUGCCUUUCAAAGCGUUUCUUUGGCUCAGAUACGAUAUUCCAUCGCUGAAGAGGUUAAAGAAGGAACUGUUGUUGGACACAUCGCUAAGGAUUUAGGACUCGACCAGAGCACAUUGAGAAGCAGAGGCUAUCGUAUUGUCCACGGCUCUACGGAGCCCCUAUUCCAGGUUAAUCAAGAUGAUGGCAUUUUGUAUGUGAAGCGGAAAAUAGACAGGGAGGAGGUAUGCGAGAGAAGCAAAGCCUGUGUAAUAGAACUGAAAACUGCUCUCGAGAACCCGCUAGAGGUCCAUUAUAUUGCAGUGGAAGUGUUGGAUAUGAACGACAACGCUCCCAGCUUUAUCGAAAAGGAAACAUUUUUAGAGAUUUCUGAGUCUGCGUUGCCAGGGACGCGGUUUCUGUUACAAGGUGCGCACGAUUCUGAUAGUGGCUUAUUAUCCGUCCAGCGUUACACAUUAAGUCCUAACGACCACUUUCGCCUCGAAGUUAAAGAUCGUGGAGAGGAUCGAAAAACUCCAAUAUUAAUUCUUCAAAAGCCACUGGAUAGAGAAUCUAUAAAAUCAUAUACUCUACAUCUAACUGCGAAUGAUGGGGGUAAACCUCCGAAGUCUGGCGAAAUGAAAAUAAAUAUAGUCUUAGUUGAUGUCAACGAUAACCACCCAGUAUUUACGAAGGAGUCCUAUUCAGUACAAUUACAGGAAAAUACUGCUCUAGGCACUACUAUUAUACAAGUUAAUGCAACUGAUCCCGAUGAAGGUGCCAAUGGAGAUGUUUUGUAUUCAUUUAGUAAGGAUGUGCAUGGAAAAGUGAAAGAAUAUUUUGAUUUGAAUUCAAUAACAGGGGAAAUAACAGUGUCAGGAAUCUUAGACUUUGAAGAACGUAACAGAUAUGAGAUUGACAUCCAGGCAUCUGACAAAGGUGUUGGUACUUUGACAACUGAUAAAACCGUAAUUAUUAAUAUCAUUGACGUGAACGACAAUGCACCCGAGAUAGAACUAAUGUCAUAUUCCAAAACCCUUCCAGAAGAUUCUAAGUCAGGGACAACAGUGGCUGUAAUUACAGUAAAGGACACAGACUCCGGUAUCAACGGAAAGGUGCUAUGUUUUAUAAACCAAGAUGUUCCGUUUACACUGAAUCCUUCUGUACAAAAUAACAUGUUCUCCAUAGUAACCAAAACACCUUUAGAUCGAGAGAAACGAUCUCAAUACGAUGUGACAAUCAUCGCUAAAGACGCUGGUGAGCCAUCCUUGUCCUCUGAAAAGACAAUCCGGAUCGAUAUAUCAGAUAUGAACGACAACAGCCCCCAGUUUCUUCUUAGAACUUAUACUUUCUAUCUUACUGAGAACAAUUAUCCUGGAGACUCCAUAUUCAAAGUGCAGGCGACUGAUCAAGACGAAGGGAAUAACGCGCUUAUUUCCUACCAUAUCUUUAGGGGCGGAGAGAAUGUAUUAUCUUCAUUGUUAAACAUUAACCCUGUAAACGGAGACAUCUCGGCUUUAAAGAGUUUUGAUUUUGAAAAAUUAAAAACGUUUAGAUUCUACGUUGUGGCGACAGACUCUGGAAGUCCGUCUUUAAGCAGUAACGUUUCGGUAAACGUGUUUCUUCUGGACCAGAACGACAACCCUCCAGUUAUCUUACAUCCGGUCAGCUCUAACGGUUCUGCUGAAGGAGUAGAGGAGGUUCCUCGCAAUGUUCCUGCAGGCCACCUGGUGACUAAAGUGAGAGCCUACGAUGCUGAUAUAGGAUACAACGGCUGGCUGUUAUUCUCACUACAGGAAGUGAGUGACCACAGUCUCUUUGGUUUGGACCGCUAUACUGGACGGAUAAGAACACUGCGCUCCUUCACAGAGACAGACGAGGCUCAACAUAAACUGGUCAUACUGGUCAAAGACAAUGGAAACGUGUCACUCUCAGCAACAGCUACUGUGGUUGUCAAGCUGGUGGAGCCCAAAGAGGCCAUUUCAGCUUCUGAUGUGAAAAGUGCAGCGACUGACAUUGGGGAUAGUGGCGUGACAUUUUAUUUAAUGAUAACUCUGGCUUCAGUUUCAACUCUUUUCCUCAUCAGUAUUAUUGUGCUGAUUGCAAUGCAGUGCUCUAAAACCACGGACGUAUCCUCCAAGUAUUUACCAGAAACAAACUAUGACGGAACUCUUUGUCACAGCAUCCAGUACAGAUCUGGAGAGAAACGCUACAUGUUAGUUGGACCCAGAAUGAGUAUAGGAUCUACUAUAGUCCCGGGGAGCAAUGGGAACACUCUAGUGGUCCCUGACAGGAGGAGUACAUCUGCAGAGGUAAGAAACGACCAUCACACUUUAUUGUGUCAGGUUCUCCCCUAACAGUUUGGUCGAUUU